AUGAUGAAAAUUGCUGCAACUUUAUUAGCAACAAUUGCAUUAGCAACAGUAAAUGCUUUGGAUAAUGGUUUAGCUUUAACACCACAAAUGGGUUGGAGUAGUUGGAAUUUCUAUGCAUGUAAUAUCAAUGAAUCCGUUAUCAUGAACACUGCCAAAGCAAUGGUAUCAAAUGGUAUGGCUGACGCUGGUUAUACAUAUGUUAACAUUGAUGAUUGUUGGGCUGGUGGUAGAUAUCCAAAUGGUACUGUUUAUGCUGAUCCAACUAAUUUCCCAAAUGGUAUUAAAUAUGUUGCAGAUUAUAUACAUUCUUUAGGAUUAAAGAUUGGUAUUUAUACUGAUGCUGGUACUGAAACAUGUCAAAAGAGAGUUGGUAGUUAUGGAUAUGAAGCUAAUGACGCACAAACUUACGCAGAAUGGGGUAUUGAUUAUGUUAAGGAAGAUUGGUGUUAUGCUACAUUGGAGAAUCCACAACAACGUUAUCAAAUUAUGUCACAAGCAUUAAAUGCAACUGGUAGACCAAUGUUCUUUUCACUCUGUGAUUGGGGUUAUGAGAAUCCUUGGACUUUUGGUAUGAGUGUCGGCAACUCUUGGAGAACUACACCAGAUAUUAAAGACAAUUGGGACAGCAUGCUCUCCAACCUUAUGGCACAAGCACCAAUCACCUCCUUCUCGGGUAUCGGUGGUUUCAACGACCCUGACAUGAUGAUGGUUGGCAAUGGUGGUAUGUCCAACACAGAGUACGUGUCACACUUUUCCUUAUGGUCCUUAUUGAAUGCCCCACUCAUUGCAGGAUGUGACUUGAUUGAUAUUGAUCAAGAGACAUUAUCAAUUUUAACAGCCUCUGAAGUCAUUGCAAUUAAUCAAGAUCCAUUAGGUGUACAAGGAUCAUUGGUUAAAUCAUAUAAUGGUGGUUUACAACAAAUUUGGGCUAAACCUUUAUCAAAUGGUGCUAGAGCUGUAGUUUUAUUCAAUACCGAUACUAAUCCAGCCACUAUUGAAUUAUUAUGGGGCAAUAUUUGGAUGGAGCCAUCUCAACAAUUAUCAAUUAGAAAUUUAUGGACUCAAACAAAUCUUGGAACUUUUACUGAAUCUUAUGAAAGUGAUUCUUUAAUUCCACCACAUGGUUGUAUUAUGUUAACUUUAACACCAACAAAUUAA